UAUACAUAACCAGAUUUGUAUUAUAAAACCUAUUUGGAUGACAAUACUUUAUGCUGUGCCAUCACACAGCUACUUUAUAUAAAAGGGCAGCAGCGCGGAGAGCGUUCUGAGUGUCAGUCGGGCCGCCACAAAUAUAACAAUGGGAAAGAUCAUUUUCUAUGAGGACAGGAAUUUCCAGGGUCGGCACCAUGAGUGCAUGAGCGACUGUGCCGACCUCCACCCGUACUUCAACCGCUGCAACUCCGUCAGGGUGGAGAGCGGCUGCUUCAUGAUCUACGAGAGGCCCCACUAUCUGGGCCACCAGUACUUCCUGCGCAGGGGCGAGUACUCCGACAACCAGCGCCAGAUCGGCAUCAACGACUGCAUUCGCUCCUGCCGCAUGAUUCCCAUGUACCGGGGGAACUACAAGAUCAAACUGUACGAGCGUCAGGACCUGGGCGGCCAGAUGCAAGAGAUCAGCGACGAUUGCCCCAACGUCCAGGAGCGCUUCCGCUCGCCCGACGUCAACUCCUGCAACGUGAUGGACGGCCACUGGCUGCUGUACGACCAGCCCAACUACAAGGGCAGGACCUACUACCUGCGGCCCGGCGAGUACCGCCGCUACAGCGACUGGGGCGGCGCCAGUCCCAGGAUCGGCUCCCUCAGGCGGAUCACCGAUUUUAACUAAACCUCAUUCCUCUGCCUGUUUUCAAUAAAGACGUUGGUCUUAAAA